GCCGAACCAAAUGCAGAUGCGACGAUCCAGCUGAUAUCCGCCAAGGAGGAAAAUGUAGUGGCUGUGAACGAGCCCAUCACCAUAAGUGAUGGUGAUUCAGAGGAAAUGUCUCCCUUUCGACUCUCUUUCCCUAUACUUCCCAUGCAUCCUCGGGACCCUUUGGUUCCUAACAACUCUAUCAUCAAUCCGAGUGAAGUUGAGUUUAGGAAACUCAAGGACACGCUUACCGACCUUA